UACCAUCGUUGCUUGAGAUAACUCCAUCGUGGCCAUUACUUUGUCAUCCCCUCGACUUCGCGUUCAACAAAAUCAUUUUCCUCAAUCUCUUCCUUUUCUUCUUCGCUAUUCAUGAUCAGUCGAAACUGUUUCCCUUUGCACCUUUGAGUGGGUUCAUAUUUUCAUCGCAUUUGAAGCAUAAUCCAAGCUCUCGUCGUCUAUUCAACUCAGCCUCGGACGGUCGCUUGGGUCUCGCAUUGCUACUGCUCUCGCUACUGGGUAUAGCUAUCGCGGAAGCAGUCUUGUGGUUAGCUCCCUUCGAGCUCUCGACAUCCUUGGUUCCGCUCUUCAUUUCUUCGUCUUUCGUUGCAGCGAGUCUCUUCUGGUCUUCUCCAGUCUCGCAGAUUGCAUCUACUCUUACUUACCUUCCUCCACUGGAUUUCUGUGGCAUUUUCUUGUCACACGGUUGAAAGGGUUUGGCCACGAACACGACAGUUCCAAAUAGGCAGAUACAGAGAGAGCAUUUGGAGCAUUCCCGGAUGGGUAAGUACUCCGAUGCUCAUAUUUGCCAAUGUUUGAAUCAACUGUUAACUUCCCGACGGAAUCUUCCGGUUACAAUUACCAAUGGCCAGCCCAAAACUGGAGAACAGUUCGUGCAUGAAGUAGUGUCCUUGGCGUACGGCCUUCGAGAAAUUGGAGUUAAAGCAGGUGACGUUGUCGCCAUCUCUGCUUACAACAGUGAUUUGUAUCUGGGGUGGUUAUUAGCUAUUGCAUUUGUUGGAGGGAUAGCUUCUCCCUUGAACUAUCGAUGGAGCAUUAAAGAGGCAAUAUUAGCAAUUACCUCAGUGAGACCGGUGAUGUUGGUUAUUGAUGAGAGUAGUUACACCUGGUUCAUAAACCUCCAGAAAAAGGAUAUCCCAUCUCUGAGGUGGCAUGUCUUUUUAGGCUCCUCUUCCUCAGAUUUUAUCAAGAAGUGGAAUUUACUAACUCCAGAAUUACUAAAGAAGCAUCUCACAAAGCUUCCACCAUUUCGUUAUUCAUGGGCUCCCGAAGGUGCUGUCAUAAUAUGCUUCACCUCAGGAACGACGGGAAAACCGAAGGGAGUUACCCUAAGCCAUGCAGCUCUGAUUAUACAAUCUCUAGCAAAGAUUGCCAUUGUUGGGUACUGUGAGGAUGAUAUCUAUUUGCAUACUGCUCCAUUGUGCCAUAUUGGUGGAUUGUCAUCGGCAAUGGCCAUGCUAAUGGUUGGCAGCUGCCAUGUCUUGAUGUCCAAGUUUGAUGCCCAAUCAGCUGUUGAUGCCAUAGAGCAAUAUACUGUCACAUCUCUAAUCACAGUCCCUGCAAUAAUGGCUGAUAUGGUUCUCGUAAUUAGGGGCAAGGAGACCUGGAAUGGUGGAGAAUCUGUCAAGAAAAUACUCAACGGGGGUGGGAGCCUCUCAAAUGAGCUCAUCAUGUACUCCAGUAUAUUCUUCCCUAAAGCUAAGCUUAUCUCAGCUUAUGGGAUGACUGAGACUUGCUCUUCACUGACAUUCCUGACCCUCUACGACUCGACUUAUGAAAAGAUUGGUCAGUCUUUUCAGACGGCUGCGAAUAGAAGAUCUGAUACUAUGAAAUACUCUCAAGGUGUUUGUGUUGGCAAGGUUGCUCCCCAUGUCGAACUUAGUAUAUAUUCAGAUGCCUCUGGUCAUGUUGGGAGAAUUUUAACUAGAGGGCCACAUGUAAUGCUCCGAUAUUGGGAUCAAACUCCAACAUGCCCGUUAGAUCCAUCAAAUGACGUCUGGCUUGACACAGGUGAUAUUGGAUCAAUUGAUCACAACGGUAAUUUGUGGCUCCUUGGACGAACAAAUGGUCUGAUCAAAAGUGGUGGAGAGAACAUCUAUCCUGAAGAGGUUGAAGAAAUUCUACUGGAACAUUCAGGAAUUGCCGGUGUGGUAAUUGUGGGAAUUCCUGAUGUUCGCUUGACCGAGAUGGUAGUUGCUUGUAUCCAAACAAGUAAAGAUUGGCAAUGGUCAGAGCAGUCUGUUUCAGAAGAUCAUCACUUAUCACCAGGGAAUCUUAGGCAAUAUUGUAUGAAAAAGAAUUUAAGCAGGUUUAAGAUACCAAAAGUGUUUAUUUUGUGGAGGAAACCUUUUCCACUCACUACUUCUGGAAAAAUAAGGAGAGACCAACUUCGAAAGGAACUCAUGUAUCAACUACAUUCUUUGCAAAGUAAUAUUUGAAUAUCUUAAUUGAUUAACUAUAAGAUUAUCUUCAAAUAUAUUUUUUUCUGAUUCA